AUGACGCUGCCAUCGCCAUCGUCAAGUCCGCCCCGGAGAGCGUCCAGGCCGAAGCAGCCCAGGACGCAGUCGGCACCUCUUCAUCCACGGACGAGGACCCCGCCAUUGGCCACCAUUGUGCCCACGUUUCUGGCCCAGCCCAAGUGCACGCGCUGCACCGUCCGCGUCGUGCACGUAUCGACGCCUGACAAGGACAAGCCGGACCAGACGCAGCGCGCCGUUGUGGAAUGGGGCGCGAUACCGUACUACAAGACGACGGGCCGGCCCGCUGAGUUUGUGUACUACACGACAGAGCGGGCCAGCGACUUGCGACCAGAGCUCUUGGCCGCCUGGCAUGCGGCUAGGGCGCGUGGUCUCGAGAUUGGAGGCCAGACGGCUCCCGCGGGGUCGUCGUCGUCGCCGUCGUCAUCAUCAUCUUCAUCAUCGACAUCGUCCUCUACGGGGACAGAUGCCGGACUGGAUAUCAGAGCGUCUCCGGGACUGCUGGGGUCGUCGAGCAGCUUGUAUACUGGGUCGAGUUCCUGCAGGAGUGGAAGUACUACCGAGACUAUUACGUCUUUCGUGAAGAGCUGUUCGAUGGAGAGGUGCCCGAGAUUCUCUGCCAAGGAUGCAAGGAUUGCUCAGGACGCCUGGCAGCUCUCGUGCCUCUGCCUGAUUGCGACCUGGAAUCUGUGCCUGCCGAGACUGAGCACCAUCUCCCUCGUCGGGGUCAUCUCAGGUCUUCCGCCAUCGGCUCUGCAAUCUGUCCAAGUGCGUCCUCCACCUCGACCACCACGCGCCUCUAGCUACGACCGACGCAACCGCUGCUUCGUCCUCCAACUCCGACUCCUGCCCCCGACCCACGCUGGUCACAUUCUGGUGCCGGUGCAGAGGACCCAGCCCGCCCCAGGGGUAAUUGGGACUGGAGGGCAGGGGCUCGUCCGUUUCUGUCGUCGUGGGCGUGCCCUGCGGAGGAUCGGGAUCCUCGCUGCUCAUGGUCGAGGUCGUGAAGGUCGUGAGGUCAAAGGCACCGAUCCGCUCGAGUCGAACGACGCAAGACCUGGUGACGAGGCCACUGUCGUGAAGCUUGUCGACGACGUGGAAUUGGCCCAGAGCGGUCUUGACGUGCAGCUCGUCCAUGGUCCUGCUCUGGUCGUCGAGUUGCACGGCGCCUUGCUGACCGUCAGCGACGCAACCUCGGAAGACCAACUCCCCGCCCGGGAGGCCGACUCGUCAGGCGCCAUCACGGUCUUUGUGAUGAUCUGCGUUACUGUGCCAUUGGUUAUGGUAAUGGUGGCGCAAGGCGAGGUCACCGCUGGAUUGGCCGUGAUCGUGUCGUUGGCCCUCGAUGAACCGGUGGAGACCAACGUGCCCGACGGCUCGUUCGAUCCUGUUCCUGUAGCCUCCGUUGGCAGCAGAACCGAUCCUGAACUCAGACUUGUGCUACCUGCUGCGAGAGUUGAAUUAGAGUUACCGCUGGUCGUUGAGCCUGCAGCGCUGCCCGUGGAUGUUAUAUUGAGCGAUGGACCCGGUGACGAAGACGAUUCUUCACCUUGGAAGAGCGUAUUCGUCUCGUCCGGCUCAAGUGAGGUCGCAUUGGACAGGACAGUGCUGUUUGCCGUAGGGAACAGCGGUGUCCCCGUUGGCACGACCGUUGGAGUGAAAGUCGUCACGAUAGCGCCAGAAAGACUGGAAAUCGGCAGAAUCGUCAGGUUCCCAGCGCUCGUUGGCACGCUUGUACUCGUCGCAUUCGGAAGAGGCAGCGGCGUUGGCACAAUCGUGUUUGGCGUGCCGACGCCGGUACCACUGACACCGCCUGAACUGGUAGCAUUGGGCAGCGGGAACGGUGUCAGGUUCGAAGGCGUGGGAACACCGACUCCUGUUGUGGACGAUGGGCUCAUGUUCAGUGAGCUGAGGCCCGUGCCUGCGACUGAGUUGGAGAGAGUAUUGUUGGACAACGGAGACGUCACUGACUGGGUCAGGGCAGUUUUAGUUGUGCUGGACAAGACUGAGGUCGGCACCGUCAUAUUUGCCAUGCUUGUCCCCGUGCCUGCAAUGGUACGUGACCCCGAGACGGUGGAAUUGGGCAUUGGGAAGGGGGUCGCUCCAGGGGUCAUCGACAAGGGAAUGCUGGUUGCUGAUGUGCUAGCGUUCGGUGAACCCACGCCAGGACCUGGACCAGACGUCGUGGAGGUCGCGUUCGGGAACGGGAAAGGCGUCUCUGCAGACGGCAAUGGUGACAAGGCCGUGGAUGUUGGAGCACUUGCAUUCGUCGCACUGAUGCUGGUGCUCACUGUCGCAUCCGAAAGGCUGGCAUUCGAAGGAGAGAACCUCGUCGAGCUCAUGGGGCUGAGAGAGGGCGACAAAGUUGUCGAAGCACUCGCUUCGACAGUGCUGAGACCCGUCCCAGCGAUGGUGCCUGACGCAGUACUGUUCGAAAGGGGGAACGGAACGGGCGCUGAAGUGUUCUGCGCGGUUGCCGUGCUUGGGAGUACCGUCACGCUUGAUACCGAACUCGUCGCGUUCGGGAAGGGGAAAGGGGUCGCCGGCGGAGGUAGAGAACUAGGCGUUGGUACGAAGCUACUGGGUGAGGAUGAGACGCCCGCCACCGCGCCACUGCUGGGAGCGGCCGAGGUGCCAUUGGACAGGCUGGGAAAAACGCUCGCAGUCAGGGAUGCCGGCACCGAGGCUGUCGUGGUGUUGAGGACGCCAGGGGGAUAUGAUGAGUUCGCUAGUGCUGACGACAGUGGUGUACCAGUUGAUGCCGGUGGGAUGGUCAUCACGGUUGAGUUGGAAGGCGAUGCUGGCGCAGUUGGUAUGGUCACCGUCCCUGUGAUCACAGUCGUUAUAUUGUUCGAGGUGGGAAAAGGGGGCGACGAGGAGAACGUCACAGGUUCGGAAGCCACGUUGGUGCUGCUGGUUGCAUUCAUUGUCUGUUGCGCUCUGGAGCUUGAGUCUGUGAAAGUAGACAUCGAGCCACUCAGGAUGUUCGAUGUGGCUGAUGAGGAACUCUCACCGGCCGAGCCAGGCUGUAGAGUCGGACUAUCCGUAGUGUUGCGCGAGCCGGAUGACUGGCUUGUGGUGAUGGUGGCGUUUGUUGAUGGAAAUGGAGCACCACCUGUCGUUGAGGAGCCGAUCAUCUUGGUCGUGCCAAUGGUGCUCGAGCUGACGCCAGUUGCAGCUGUACUGCCCGCGACAGAACCACUAACAAGGGUCGCCGAGGAUGAAGGUCUCGUUGUGGAGGCAAUGCCUGGAAUCAACGGCUGGCUGGACGCUGUCUCAUUGCCGGUUGUGGGGGGAGUUCCAACAGCGGAGGACGAACCCGAAACAACAGAUGAAAGGGUGGCACUUUGGGAAGACAUGCCCGGGACAGUAAUGUUGGCGAGUCCACUCGAACUUGCUACCAUCUCGGAGGAGCUUGUUGAUGACGAAUCAGGUAGGAUAGUACCGCUGAUCUCGCCGGCGGCUGUCCCUGAACUUGGAGCCGUCAGACCUCCAGUAGUGUUGAAAGGUAUAGACGCCGAGGUCAUCGCCGAUGAGAUACCUGUAGCAUUUUGUGCUGGCGGGAAACUUGACGGGAUUGCUUCAGAAGAUGGUCCUGGCGUUGAGGGGGUACCGACAGGCACCGUUGCAUUGCUAGGAACGCUCAACGUCGACAUGAGACUGCUCGAGGCAGGGGGCGAGAUCGCCCCUGAUAUUGGAGUGGCUGUGACAGAGAUGCUUGACGGCGUGGCAGUCCAUGUUGGGAAAGCCGACGCCGACAGCACAGGAGGCGACAUGAGGCCGGGCGUGAUAGACCCGAGUGGCCUAGACAUGCUCAUCGUGGAGUUGUUGAAAGGGGACAGAGAUGUGUCCGUCGUCGACUCUUGGGAGGGCAACGCAGUGGCAGAGCUGUUGAGGCCCGUCAAACUUGGCUCAGGCAGCUCGACACUGCUGGAGAUGCUGGCGGGUCCUGAGGAAGACCUGCUGGACGAACUCCCUGAAAAGACGUUCGACAACGCGGACUUGGAAGAGGAUUGUGGGGGGUAUAUGCCAUUACCAGCCGGGCUUGUAGUCUCUGACAUCUCUGGCGGAUAA